CUGGGCAGUCCGCAGUUACCACCUUGCCCAGUUCCAACUUCCAAGGCCCAACCAACUACCGAUGUCCUCCUCCUCCCCUGCCCCGUCGCCGCCGUCUCCUUCCCCCUCCCGCCUCGUGCCGCAGCUGCUCGUCGCGCUCCUCCAGCGCCGCCGCUUCGACUCCACGCUCCGCCCGUCCCCGACCUUCCGCGGCUUCUCCCCGCACUCCAUCGCCGCCGCGCUCGCCGCCAUCCCGCGCCUCCUCCUCCCGCGCUCCCCGCGCCGCCUCUGCCCGCAGCGCCCCUUCCCUGCCACCGCCUCCUCCCCCGCCAAUCGCCGCCUCGCCGCCGCCCUCACCCUCGCCUUCCUCUCCUGGUCCCACGACCACGCCCACCCACAACAGGUGCCGCUCUCCGAGGCCCCGCUCCGCGCCGCCGCACUGGCGCUCGCCCGUGCCCGCGCGCUCCCGGCGCUCUUCCGCCUCCUACGCUCGCACACGCCUCUCGUCUCCACCGCCGCGCUCACCGACGUCGUCCGCGCGCUCGGCGAGGAAGGGCUCCCGCGCCACGCGCUCGCCGCCUUUCACCGCAUGCGCCAGCUCCGCUGCGCCCCUGACGCGCAGUGCUACAACACCUUGAUCGCCGCGCUGUGUCAGAAUGGGCGGUUCAGGGAGGCCAGGUUCCUGCUCGACCAGAUGGAGCGCCCCGGCGCGCGCUGCGCGCCCGAUUCCUACACGUACACGGUGCUCAUUUCCUGGUACUGUCGGAUCGGGGUGGGGACAGGGUGCCGGAAGGCGGCAAGGCGGAGGAUCUACGAGGCGGGGAGGCUGUUCCGGAGGAUGGGGGAGAAAGGGCUCGAGCCGGACGUCGUGACCUACAACUGCUUGAUCAAUGGCUUGUGCAAGACGUACCGUGUCGAGCGCGCCCACGAGGUGUUUGAUGAAAUGCUGAGCAAGGGGUGCGCACCAAACCGGGUCACGUAUAAUUCGUUCGUGAGAUAUUACAGUGUGGUCAACGAGGUGGACAAAGCUGUUGAGUGGAUGAGGGAAAUGGUUGCGAGGGGGCACGGGAUGGCUUCAUCGAGCACAUACACUCCUGUAAUCCACUCCUUGUGCGAGAGCGGGAGGGUUGGCGAGGCGAGGCGGUUCUUGAUUGAGAUGGCUGAAAGUGGGCAUCUGCCGAGGGAGCACACUUACAAGCUGGUGAAGGAUGCAAUUGAGGAUGCUGGUGAGGAGCCCUUGACGGGAGAGUUAUGUCAGUCCAUUGAGGAUGGCAUUAAGGAGAGAUGUCGACAGGUGAUGCGAAUUAAGCCCGUAAUGCGACCAGUCAGAAGAUGAUCUGGGAGAAAAAUUGAGCCUGUGCAUACUUGUAAGGCACUUGCCUCGUGAGAGAAGCUGGUCCUGCAAGCAAAGGGUUCUCGGUUCAGAUGUCUAAACUCUAAAGGGGUGCAUGGCUACACGCUAUAUGUAUGUAAGCCUAUGAAGACUGAGCGCUCUUGUAAGGAGGCUUUGCUGAAAGAACCUUACCAGGUAGUGGUGAUGAUACCAGGGAGAACCACUGGAUUGUGGUGAGGAUGAAGCCCAAAAUGCUGUUAUUCACAAGACAGUAUGAAGCUAAAAUGAAGUUGAUCUGUGCAGAAGGCCCACAUAUGUUUGAUCUAUCAGAGUUGUUGGUUUGUGGUGAAAGUUCUUACCUUGUGUGUGUGCCAUUUACAGUACUUUUUAGUUUUUUGAAAUGCCAUCGUGGGGAUUAACUUGUAAUACACCCACAUGAAGAAGUCACCUAGGUCAUCACAAUUUCAGCAUUGUAAGAUAUUCGUCUUCCUUGCUGCAGUUCAUAAUUGCAUACACAAACAGGGUGCCAUAUUCGUUUUCCUGUAUAUACUUUCACAGACUACUGUAGCACCAAAUCCUAUCCAUUUAGAUCCAACGUCUCGCGGUGGACUGAAGUCACGAUCCCGUUCCGUCAAGUCCAAGGUGCCACGGCAGUCCUCUUCUCGGCAAAGAACAAGAAGCUAUUGUCGUUGGCCCGUAUCGCUCUGG